GAAGAGAGAGAGAGAGAGAGAUUGAUUUCAGAAUCCCUCUCUUUCUCUCUCUCCCUCUCUCCUGGUUUUCGCGAUCUGCCUGUCUCGGCUCUGUCUGAUACCCGUCGUGGGCUGCGAUCGACGGUUGUAGUCGGGAACCUGGAUCGUCUCGAACUGCUGACCGUCCAUCGCGCUGCUCCGCCGAGUCGACGGGCUGACGAGCGGAAAUGACUCGGAGGUGCUCCCACUGCAGCCACAACGGGCACAACUCCCGGACGUGCCCGUCGAGGGGGGUGAAGCUCUUCGGGGUGAGACUCACCGACGGGCCGCCGUCGUCGUCCAUGAAGAAGAGCGCCAGCAUGGGCAACCUCUCGCACUACGCCGGAGGAUCGACGGCCGCCACCGGAAACAACCCUGGCUCGCCGCCGCAUGAAGCGGCGGAGGAUGGACGGUCCGCCGCCGCGGCGACUGGCUACGCCUCGGACGACGCCCUGCACGCCUCGUGCUCGUCGAGUUGCCGCGAGAGGAAAAAAGGUAUCCCUUGGACUGAGGAAGAACAUAGAUUGUUCUUGUUAGGUCUUCAGAAAUUGGGCAAGGGAGACUGGAGAGGAAUUGCCCGCAACUUUGUGACAUCAAGGACACCCACGCAGGUAGCAAGUCAUGCACAGAAGUACUUCAUUCGGCAAACCAACUCAACAAGGAGAAAGCGACGAUCCAGCUUGUUUGACAUAAUAGCUGAUAUGUCAGUUGACCAACCACCAGUAGCAGAUGAGCCACGCCUUGUUUCUUCUGCCAGUGCUCCAUCACUGAACGCAGAGACCGAUAGCAGUCCACUUCCACCGUUUGGGCUUCCUGUUGACCAAGAAAAUGAAUCUGUUGAAACAUCUCCAACUGAACCUCUUGAGGCUGACUCAGCUGCUGCUGCUGCUUGCCCUCCAAUCCCAGCGGCGGUGCCAGCAUUUUUCCCACUGUAUUGUCCAGUACCCCUCCCUUACUGGCCCCCACUUUAUACCAUUCUACCAGGGAAGGAUUCAGAGACGCAUCCUGUCUUGAAGCCAACAGCAGUUCUCUCCAAAGAUCCCAUCAAUGUCGAUGAGCUUGUUGGCAUUUCCAAACUCAGCUUAGGGGAAAAUUCAGCAGAAGCUGCAAGACCGUUGGACUUGACAGGAAAGCUACUUGGAGGCCCAGCAAGGCAGUCAGCAUUCCAUGCAAACCCAUCUGCUGGAAGGUCAGGCUUGAAAGGAAGUGCAAUACAUGCACUCUGAUUUUCAGGUGCUCGAGGAAGAGGGUUAGGUGCCAAAAAUUCUCUUCCUCUUUUGAAGUCUGGGGGUAACUUUGGACACGGGUUGUGCAUUGGUGCUGUGGUAAUGUGUGAUCGGUAGAUGGAUCAUGCUCAUAUGAAUCUUGGCUGUUCUUCCAUUAAGGGUUUCAUUGUCUUGCUUUGAACUUUCAAUGUGGCUUUGCACAAUUUAUUCUUGA